AGGCAAAACUCCCAUCCCCCCCAACUCCACCCGCAAGCAAGACGCGAAGGCGAGGGAAAACAAAAGAAAGAAAAAAUCCCCCAAACGAGAGAAGCGGCAGCGACGACGGCGACGGCGGCAGCAGCGGCCGCAGCAGCAGCAGCCCCCUCCUCCGCCCCGCCCCAUCGGAUCGAGGCCGCCCUAGGGUUCCGCCCCGGCCACCCCCCGCCUCCCCCCUCAUCCUCUCCGCCGCGCGCGCGCGGGGAGCCACCAAACCCUAGGACGGCAAACCCCGCGCGAUCGCCCACGGUGGAGGCCUCGUCGGCGGCCGAUAGGAGCCGCUCCGGGCUCGGGUCGGGGUUCCGGUACCUCGCCGGCGCCGCCUCCGGGUGGUGGGACCGGUGGAUGGUCAUGGGAGCCAGCGGCUCCAAGCUCGAGAAGGCCCUCGGCGACCAGUUCCCGGAAGGCGAGCGCUACUUCGGCCUCGAGAACUUCGGCAACACCUGCUACUGCAACAGUGUCCUCCAGGCACUAUAUUUCUGCAUCCCGUUUAGGGAGAAGUUGCUGGAAUAUUAUGCAAAUAAUAAAACUCCUGGAGAUGCAGAGGAAAACCUUUUGACUUGUUUGGCAGAUCUUUUCAUGCAGGUAAGCCAGUCAAAGAAAAAGACUGGCGUUAUUGCUCCGAAACGUUUUGUCCAAAGAGUAAAGAAACAGAAUGAGCUAUUUCGCAGCUACAUGCACCAGGAUGCACAUGAGUUCUUAAAUUUUCUGUUGAAUGAACUUGUUGAUAUUCUGGAAAAGGAGUCUAGUGCUGCAAAGGACUCGCCCCAGUCAUCAUCUCCUGAAAAGGUUCCAAAUGGACCAGUUCAACCUUUAGCCAAUGGAGUUAGAAAAGAGCCACCAGUUACCUUGGUCCAUAAGAAUUUUCAGGGCAUACUGACCAAUGAAACCAGAUGUUUAAGAUGCGAGACAGUGACGGCGAGGGAUGAAACAUUUUUUGAUCUGAGUGUUGAUAUUGAGCAGAAUAGUUCUAUCACAAGCUGCUUGAAAAAUUUCUGCUCCACAGAGACUUUAAAUGCUGAGGACAAAUUCUUCUGUGACAAGUGCUGCAGUUUGCAAGAAGCACAGAAGAGAAUGAAGAUCAAGAAGGCUCCACACAUAUUGGUCAUCCACCUAAAGCGCUUUAAGUACAUUGAGCAGCUUGGUCGGUAUAAGAAGCUAUCCUAUCGGGUUGUAUUCCCCAUGGAGCUGAAGCUCAGUACAUCUGAUGAUGUAGAUACUGAGUACUCCCUCUUUGCUGUCGUUGUUCAUGUUGGAAGUGGCCCCAACCAUGGACACUAUGUAAGCCUUGUCAAAAGCCACAACCACUGGUUGUUCUUCGAUGAUGAAAAUGUCGAGAUGGUUGAAGAGUCGACCCUGCAAACAUUCUUCGGUUCUUCACAUGAAUACUCUGGCAACACGGAUCAUGGAUACAUCUUGUUUUACGAGGGUCUUGGUGGGAAGAGUUAGAUUGAUUUUCUUCACCUUCCCUGUUAUUUUCUUUUUCUUUGGAGCAUGCAAGAUUACCGUUGUAUUUACACAGCUAUUUCAUUACCUCCAUGGAAAAUUGUUGAUCUCAGAGAUUGUGAGUAUGAACAUGAGGACGCUGGAUUUUGGAUGGUUUUAGUGUACAGAGCAUAAUGGGACCAUGCUCCUAGUGAUGAAAUAAGGUGUAAAUCAUUAAGUACGCCUGACAUUUUUUUCCCCGUCAGCAUUGACAUCUUUAGGCUGAGAAUCACGCGCUGAGAAUCAUGUAAGUUUGAUUAGAUUUCGGGAACUUGGCCAGUCAAGCUAGCCGUGUAACUCAUUGUGUAUCGCUACAAUAUUGUGAUCUUGAAAGGAGAACACUUUUUUUUUCUACUGGA